AAAGGACUGUCGCCUUUUCUUUUAGACCCCUCGGUCUAUCUUUUGGGGGAUAAACUGGACUAAAAAACAUUGAUUCAACAGCUCGUUUUCAUGUCUUGAAAUCGGGGAUGAAUUGUUUGUAUUGAAAAUGCUGCUUUGGAUUGUCUUGCUGAAGGCGGCUCUUUGUGUGGCCAUUGGAAAUGUUACAAGGGACAUUUGUAAGGAACAGAUAUGCUCCUGCAAUGAGAUUGAAGGCGAUUUGCACAUUGACUGCGAAAAAAGGAGCUUUACUAAUCUGCACCAUUUGACUGGUCCCAGUUCCCAGUUUUAUCACUUGCUAUUGCAUGGGAAUUCUUUAUCCAGGCUUUUUCCCAAUGAGUUUGCUAACUUUUACAAUGCCGUAAGCUUGCAUUUGGAAAACAACGGUUUGCAUGACAUUGUCCCUGGUGCUUUUCUGGGACUGCAGCUCGUGAAAAGGCUCCACAUAAAUAAUAACAAGAUACGGUCAUUUAGGAAAAGCACCUUCCUUGGUUUAGAUGACUUGGAAUAUCUUCAGGCUGAUUUUAAUCUAUUGAGAGACAUUGACCCGGCCGUGUUCAGGGACUUAAAUAAACUUGAAGUGUUAAUUCUAAAUGAUAACCUCAUCAGUGCACUACCUAUAAAUGUUUUUCAACACGUUCCCAUCACCCACCUCGACCUGCGAGGGAACCGAAUCAAAACGGUGCCUUAUGAGGGAGUUCUCGAACAAAUACCGGGCAUUGCGGAGGUUUUAUUGGAGGAUAACCCCUGGGACUGCAACUGCGACCUGGUUUCCCUGAAGGAAUGGCUGGAGAAUAUACCGCAGAACGCGCUUAUCGGCCGGGUGAUCUGCGAGGCUCCAACGCCACUGCAAGGGAACGACUUGAACGAGACAUCGGAGAUGGAUCUGUGUCCUUCAAUAAAAAGUGGUGCUGACGAGAGUUUAGUUGCACCUCCUACCCAAGAGGAGACCUCUGUACCUGGGCCCGUUCCAACGCCUUAUAAAGCUAGUGGUGAUCCUGGUUCCCCAACCCCAGGGAAUGGGCAAAAGGGACGCUCUAAAUCGCACUGGCAGUUGAAAACGAAGCCCACAUCUAUGACAGGUGUGAAUGGGGAGAGAGAGCAGCUGCAGAUUGUGCAGAACGCAUCAUGUCCUGUGCCAUGCAGCUGCAAGCUCAUUGGAUCCAGGCAGGGGUUAGGGGUUAACUGCGAGGGCAAGAAGAUAGAGAGCUUGGCUAACCUAAAACCGAAACCCAUCACUGCGCACGAAUUAAACAUGAGAGAUAACAACGUCCAUGCUAUAAAAAAGAACCAUCUCAAUGGCUAUUCAAGUCUGAAUCUCCUUGAUUUGGGUGGAAACAACAUCAAAUUGAUAGACAACAGCACUUUUCAAAACCUCACCGAAUUAAGAUGGUUGUACAUGGAUAAGAAUUACCUGGAUACGCUCAUUGCGGAAAUGUUCAUUGGACUUCAAAAUCUGGAAUAUCUCAGUUUGGAAUAUAAUGACAUACAGCUGAUACUGGCAGGCACAUUCAGCCCUCUGCCUAAUCUGCGAGUGCUUUUCCUCAACAAUAACUUGCUGAAAGCGCUACCUGUGGAUGCUUUCCUUGGAGUGUCUUUAUCAAAGAUUAGCUUGCAUAAUAAUUAUUUCACAUAUCUCCCUGUCGCAGGGGUCUUAGAUCAACUCAAUUCGAUCAUACAAAUUGAUUUGCAUGGGAACCCUUGGGAUUGCUCGUGUAAUAUUGUCCCUUUCAAACAGUGGACGGAGAAACUGGGGGCAGAUGUGAUCGUUAGUGAUCUCAAGUGUGAGUCCCCAGAAGAGUUCUGGAAAAGGGAUUUCCGUCACGUCCGAAAUGAUCUGAUGUGUCCCAAGUUGUAUGAUAAAGUCUACCCCACCUCUCUCUCCAAAAACAGCACCUUCACCGCAGACACGGGUACGCGCUCGAACUCCUAUGUGGAGCCGAACAGGGUAUCCAUCUCUGUACUAGUCCCUGGGCUACUACUGGUAUUUGUCACGUCUGCGUUCACUGUUGUAGGGAUGCUUGUCUUCAUUUUGCGGAAUCGCAAGAGAUCAAAGCGGAGGGAUGGUAAUUCCUCUGCGUCAGAGAUCAAUUCCUUGCAGACAGUGUGCGACUCGUCUUAUUGGCAUAGCGGGCCUUACCAUGCGGACGGGGGCGCGCAAAGAGGGUUUGACUGUAGCGCCCAUUUCUCCACCACAAAUGAUGCGUAAAACGACUAUUGACAAUUAAACCUGGAAUACAAACAGACAGACAAAUAUACUGCGUUCUCUUGACACAAUGGCAAUUGAAGAAAAAUAAACAAAUGCUAUGUUACGAAGCUUCUUCAUUCGCAUUUUGUCGGAGAUAGACCAUUUUUUGUUUGCUCCAGUUGACUGUGGUGCCAAUGAGUUUGCUACAGAACCAACUGUAAUAUAUGUAUAGACCGCCCCCCCGCCCCCGAAUCCCAGUACAGCUAUUUGCCGCAAUCAGACUGACGAUCUGAGAGAGAAGAAUCGGGAAAUUGUGCACGAGCGCAUGAAUGUAAUGUAAAUAACUGACUAUCAGAUCUGCAUGAUUUCGCAUGGUUUCAACACACACUGGGGAACCAUACCAUAAGUAACGAAGAAGCCAACUCGACCCUUCUUUCAUGUUGUCAAUAUGAAUAUAUACAGUAUAUAUAUGCAUAUAAAACUAUAUAUGAAUAUAUACAAAGUGCCAUUUCUCAAUUUUUUUGUGAACUGCGUUAUAGGAUUUGUAUUUGUUGUUUUAAAACGGUAAAAAAACGGAAAAAGAACACAUUGGGACGAAAAAGAAGAUAAACGCUGUCCACGCAUGUUCUUUUUUGUUUGUUUUAUCAGUUGAUUGUCGAUAAAUAUCGGGGUUAUUUAUAAUUGGUGCAGAUCUCAUCAUAUCUGCACAUUCAGCUCUUUAUGAAUGUAUAAUGUGUUAUUUUAUGGUGUGCCAAUUGUUGAAUUUCAGAUAUUCGGGAUGCAGGUGAGCAUGACCAAUUAACGUCACUCAUGGUUAUGCUGCAAGGUUAAUGUAGCUAAAAACAGUUCGUGGUUUUGUGUGUUAAUGACUAUAGCCUGCUUUGGGGGAGAGGAGAAGGCUUUACCGAAUUAUAUGGUUUUUUUUCUAACUGCAUAUUUUUUCAAAAUUAAAAUGUUUUCAAUGGAAGUAAUGGUAUGUGCAGUUCGAUCUAUGUACAGAGCGCAGGUAGACUAAAAUGCUUUUUUAAUGUAAAAAGUAUUCCUCCACAAAGCGUAGGCUAUGAUUCACCUCCAUUUAUGUGAGCUUUUGUAAAGCCAUCUAUUGUGUCCAAAUAUGACAAAUGGACUUACAUUUUUUUUUAACUAACGUGCUUAAAAUAGAUUGGGCAAUGGUCAGUUUGCAUACAGUAAAAAAUGACAUAAAAACACGUCUUAACAAUCGACAGUAUUAGUCUGAUGCCAUAGGGAAGACAUGGCAGGAUCACCGCAUUACUCUAGACGAGGAAACUCACGAUGUCGCUGUUGUUGCAUCUUCUCCAUUGGAGGGAGGGCUGAGGUAUAGGUGUUUUGCAAGAGGGCGUUUUGGAAUAGGAAUUUUAUCUUGAGAUGUUAAUUUAAUCGGGUGUGAAUGGGCAAUGUUGCAUUAAGAAACAUAUAUAUUCUUCAAUAUUAGAAGUGUUCAGCAGUCGGUCUGUUGCCCAAUGCUAUGACAUUUUACUGAACAACUAUAGUGAUAUCAAGAUGAUGAUUACAGUGUACAAUAAUGGUUAGCAUUAAACGUGAUAUUCUGAUAAUCCAUUCAAAUUGAUCAAUGUCACUGAUUCUGCAGUAAAACGGUACAGAUCACACGACUGUGAAAUGUUUUGGUUUUAUAUGAAUACUCUGUAAAUUCAAGCACUGAAUUAGUUUUGUUCAUACUGGUUUUUAUUUUUCAUUAGGAUCAGGUCCACCAAUGUACCCACUGUUUUUAAUGUUCUUAUAAAUAAGCAUAUGUGCAUAUAUGUGCAUAUAUAUGUCAAUAAGGCAUUACAAGUCAGACAUGCACUGGCCUGCAAAAGGUCAAAGUGCUCAGAGCCAGUUCAAUAUCAAACAUGUCUCCACCCUGUCUGAUUCAUCAUUUAUCUUAAUACAGCAACAAGCAUUUCCCCCAGGCCUUUUUAACACUGUGGACUGAUAGACUAUAUGGUUAGCUGUGUGACUGCAUUAGCAGAACAAUGUUCAUUGUCGAGUGUCUGGGCUGUGUGUGUGUGUGUGUGUGUGUGUGUAUGUAUGCAUUUAAAUAAUUCAAAUGAUUGAUUAAAUGUGUGUGCAUGUGCACUAGUGUCUGUCUACAUGUGUGUGUCUGUCUGUAUGCUCACACACUCACCCCCCCCCCCCCCCCCCCCCCCCCCGCCAACCCAUCACUAAAUGUAACCAAUCACAUAGGCUGACCUUGGGGAGUAUUAUCUUAGCAGGUCUUUGGCAACAACAGUGCUGUCCAUCACUUCAGACUCGAGUCUGUUGGUGUAUUGCUUCAAAGGGUAAUUAUCAGUCUCUGCUGUGGAACGUUUUACCAUGGCUCAUGAAUUAUUGGUCAUAUCUCAACGCUGUGUCCCAGAGUUACAUUUAUAUGCUUUACUACAUUUGACCUGCUUCUAUUUUGUUAAAUAAAACGUGGUUGAGGUUGAGUGAAAUCUAUGCGUCUC